GUUGUGGGCUUAAUAAUGAAGUUACUGAAUCUACUACUAGUCGUCCUUGUCCUAAUAGGAAUGGCUGCUUGCCAAAAACGCAGGAAAAGAGGGUCUGAAUUUUGGGUGCGACCCAAGCACAAUCCACCAGGAACAAGAUAUUGUCAGCCGAAUGAUCCCUGGUGUCGAAGAGAUUAUGAUAAUUAAAUCUUUAAGUAUGUAGAAGACCAAUAGCCGAGCAGAUCUGGCCCUGUCCGUUUUUCUGUCCGUAUGAAAGUCAAGAACUUAGGAUGUAUGAAAUAUAGAAAGUCGGGAUAAAGCAUGCAGACUCCAGAGACAUAUACAAGAAUCUACCCUGUUGAAAUUUAAAUAUAUCAAAUAUACAAACGAC